GAGGCCCUCAUUUCAGCUGCAAUACAAACUUGCGCUUGUGGAUUGAAAGAUAUAUUAGUGAGUUAGUGUGACUUUUUGUGCUGUUCCGGGAAUAUUUUGUUUCAGACUCUGUAAAAAAUGCAAAGCCGCAAGCGCUUGAAGAAGAGACGACAAAAAAGUGUGCGAUGGACGUAUCCAGCGAACACAUAACUUGACUCCAAUUAAAAAGUGUUAUAUAUAGUGACAAUGGCUUUACCUGUGUGGAAGGGUGUCUCUCCCAGUAGAGAGCUGGCGGUGAUUGUUCUGUUACUCUGCUGGACAAUAGUUUGCGACAGUCAGUGUCCAAAGUUCGCGGAGAAACCUCUUGAGACAAGGGUACAAGACGCUUCCAUAGUUUUUAGGGCAGUUGUAGUUCAAACACAUUAUCAGAGUAAAACACUAGAUUUAGCUCUAGUGUCGAUAUACAGAGGAGGAGUAGAAUUAGCAUCAGUCAGCCAAUAUGCUGGUUCACCGUACAAUACUACAGAUAGACAGGUGAACUUAAAGGUAACACCUCAACUAGGGGACUGUUUCAACUGGAGUAUGACGCCAUCACAAAGUGAGCUGGUGGUAUUUGCCAGGGUAUCGGAUCCGGCAGUGGAUCUGGAAACAACUCCUCCUGAUGGUCCCUGGCUGGAAGCGACAUCUGCCGCAGUGCCGUGGAGCCUGGGUGUUGAUAUUGCUAUUUGGAAUGCUGUGGGCUGGGCAGGAUGGGGGGAGUGGGGUCCCUGCAGCAAGAGUUGCGGUGCCGGUAUUCAGACCAGACGAAGGUACUGCUCCCGCUCCAUGUGUGAGGGAUACGGGGAGCAGGGAAGAUCUUGUAACAGCUUCGAUUGUAAAGGAACAAUAAACCCUUUGGCGCCAGGAGCGAGAAGAAACUUUCAUCCAGCACAAGCCCGGUGGGGUACAGUACCUGACAGACCACACGCGUUCAGUCUGAAACCCAACUCCUACAUCUGGAUAGCAUCGUCAGAACUAUUUCCUGCUGGGAAAACUUUCCCUAGAGAGUUCACGUUGUUCAUCUCUUUGAGGUUACGUCCUGAGAGCGGUGGAUAUGGGCAAGGGACAUUAUUCUCCCUUCGAUCUAGAAGGCGCACAGGAUCCUUCUUGUCCUUGGAGCUGGCUGGAAGAGGGGCAGCUAGGCUGGUACACGCUGGCGCUGGAGCCUCAAGAUCUAUUUAUCUUGCAGUACCGUUAUACGACUUUCGUUGGCAUCAUAUUGCUAUCAGUGUCCACGAUGACAACACAGUACGGGCGUACGUUGAUUGCCGUUGGCUCCGAACAGAUGUCCUCGAAAAGGAUGCUCUGGAUACUCCAAGGGAUGCAGACCUUAUUAUAGGAUACCUUUUCUCGGGCGAUCUUGAACAGCUUGUGUUGGUGCCAAAAGCCGGGCAGGCACAAAAGCAGUGUUCGAGCCAAGUUACAGGCCUAUCUACUCCUUAUGUCACACUUAACGAUACGUAACUGAAUUUUAUUUCAAAGUGAGUUUCGUUCUUGAAGAAAGUGAAGUAGAAUGAAUUUGUGAAUGGAGAAUGAUGACAUGUUGCAUUUUGUUUAUAUACUUUUGAAAGAUUUAGUCAUUAUGUUCUUAAGUCAUGUUAAUUUUUCAGAAAAUUAUCAGAAGACAUGAACUUUAUAAUAACAUAGUAUUAAAUCAAUUAACUCACAUUGUACACGUCAAAGUUCUUUUUUCAAUAUUUAAUUACACCAGAAAUAUUAAUAUUAAUGGUCAAAAUCUGUAGGGAGACAACCCGUUGCUUUUAUGUAAAAUGGGCCUUUAAUAUAUAGCUUGUAACAAACUACUUACUAAAGUGUGACGUCGUGUGACGUCUGGGGUCUAAUUCUGCUAAUUUUUUUUGAGACUCCAUUGAGAUUAUAUUGCAAUUAUGAUACAGUUGAGUCUUAAUAGAGUGCCAGUGGAAUGUCAUUAAUUCAUUCAAUCACUAACGACGGAUGUUACCUUAAUAAAACUAUCCUGGAAAUUACUCUGCUUUCUUAACUAUCUCGUUCAAUCAGCAAUUUAGUCUUAAUUUUUUUUUAUCUCCAUCGUGUAACCAUACGAUCAGUCGAAUGGCCUGUAGAGUUAACUCCCCGGCAGGAUCCCGUUCAAUUACACCUGGAUUUUUAAACUAGUUGAUCCAAUUCUAAGAUUCUGCGCCUCUUAAGACGUCUCAUUGAGUCAGUUGCCCUGGCAGCAGGUUAGGGUGGACAUGCAGUCGCUUUUGGUACAUAAUAGCGUACGAUCCAAUUUCUUCCUUUACUGUGUUGACUUUUAGAUAGUGAUGGACUUCCGAGUUUUGAAUGAACCAGGACGCAUUAGAAAUCUGCUUGAGGAUGGAAUUUUCAGCUCUUUGUAUUAAUGUCAUAUUUGAAUUGCAUGCAGCACUCUAAAGCUGAAUGCCGUAAGUCCAUACUGGUUUAAGGACAUUCGUAAGGCAGUUAUAUACGAGAAGCUUAUUGUCAAGAGACACCGCACUGUUCAUUUUAAGCAGCAGUCUUCAAUUUAAACAUAUGUAAUAUUAAUACGUUACGAGAUCGACGUGCCAUCGUCUCGCCAUUGAAGACGCAGAACGCGGAAAACUUGCAAUGGCAGUUGCGUAGUAGCGCGAUGGCUAGCCACUGAUAAGUCAGUUUUAACUUUUAGCAGAAUACCAAACGUACAAAGUCCUGCCAUUGACACUCUAUCUACACACAACUGAGAUUAUUUAAAAUCAGCAGACUUGGGACCCUUGAGAGGAUUUCUGAUAGUCUAUAUCUACGAAUCUUUGUCUUCUCAACGACUUGACUUUAAUAUAGAGCAUUUAUUUUUUCAAUCUUCCCUUAUUUUUAUGAUAUAUCAAAUCGAUUGACAGCUAUAAUCAGAGACGACAAUAAGCAAUAAAAAAAAUCAAAAGUUUGAAACUACCUAUUGUUCGACUAUUUGAUUGCCACAGAAAAAACCAACUGGGUAAUUUACACUCUCGAAGACUACUAAUAUAAUAUACUCGUAGAAACAGUAGAAUAAGAACAAGCAUGGUAACUCCAUACAAACGUCGCAGCACGGCUUGUAUUUGUGCGCACCCGCAGCGCCGUGUACGGAUGCACACGUUUGCAUAUUUAGCGAUCCAAUAACGUUGCCAUA